GUGCUCACCAGCCUUUGUGUAUCACUUCCAAUAUCUCACGCGUCAAUAAUUGAGCGCGCGAGCAGACGGAGCCCCGCGCUAUGUGCUCAGCCGCGCGCCGACUAGACGAGGGCCUCGCUGCGUGCACCGCCGACGACUCGAGACGAGUUCACUGGGGAAAAUACGACUGAUAAGAGGAUUUAGAAACAACAACAACAAAAAAAACAAUUCACAAAUCGCAGACAGGACAAAACAAUUGAAUAAAUUUAAAUAAAUAAUUACAUCAAACCCAGUUUAUUUGGACAACCACUCCUGAAGAACGCUUGAUUUUCAGCCUGGAGACGGCUGUGACUUGCUGAGCGAGCUGAGAGAAGUGUUAAGAGGCUGCAGGUUGAAGUUACAGUAAUGCUGGCGUUUGUGCUGUGCGCGCUGGCGUUAGGGUGCCUGGCGAGCGCGCAGAACGAGACGGAGCCCAUCGUGCUAGAGGGAAAAUGUCUGGUCGUGUGCGAUUCGAACCCAACUUCUGACCCUACCGGCACCGCGCUCGGGAUUUCCGUGCGCUCCGGCAGCGCCAAAGUCGCCUUCUCCGCUGUCAGGAACACCAACCACGAGCCGUCAGAGAUGAGCAACCGGACAAUGGUCAUCUACUUUGAUCAGGUUCUCGUGAACGUUGGCAGAAGUUUCGACGAAGAGAGGAGUAAUUUCUUCGCCCCACGAAAAGGGAUUUACAGUUUUAAUUUCCACGUCGUGAAGGUUUAUAACCGGCAAACUAUCCAGGUAAGCCUAAUGCACAAUGGGUGGCCUGUGAUCUCAGCCUUUGCUGGAGACCAGGACGUGACGCGCGAGGCUGCCAGCAAUGGUGUUCUGAUCCAAAUGGAGAAAGGUGAUCGUGCCUACCUCAAGCUGGAACGGGGCAACCUGAUGGGUGGCUGGAAGUACUCCACCUUCUCUGGCUUCCUCGUCUUCCCUCUGUAGAUGAGGGGCUCUCCAUGUAGGGACUAUUGCUCUUCAGCUCACCAGCUUGUGGGACUGUGGCGAUAGAGUGAGAAUGAGAGAUGAUGAGGGGAAGAAGGUGUGUGUGUGACAGAGAUACAGUAUAUAUAUAAAGAGGGAAUUUUAAAAGAGAAUUAGUGUGGCUAGCUCUUUGACCUGCUCGCUCCGCUGCUUGCCUACAGCUCUGGACAGCCAAAACUUUUAAUUAAUGAAUUUAUUUAUUUAUUUUUAUUUUGUUAUUAUGAUUACAAUAAUUACCAGUUAACAAUAAAUCUAAAGAGGCUAUUGCCUUUCUCCCUACAGAUCUCCUUUUCAUCUGCUUUAUCGAACGUCUAUCACCAGACAUUUAAUGAAUGUCUGUUAUAAAACUCAAUGCACAAAAUCAUCCCACCCCAUUAACUCAAACUGGCAAUUUGUUAACCUUGAUCCUCGCCUGCAUAAAAUCUUCAGUUCUUAAUUUCCAUACAGUAUCUCAAUUAGCAACCUCAGUUGUUCAAACAUAGAUCUCUGAUGCUGUUCCCUUCAGUCUUCAUGAGCACUUUCGCUCUUUUUGGUUCUGCUAUUCUCCUCAAAACAGGAGGACAUGUUUCAGUCUGUUAUGCCUGGAGAGUAUCUGAACUCCUCAAAGAGACUCUUACUGUAUACUGGAUAUAUACAGAUAUAUAAAAUCCUUCAAAUUUCUAUAUGAUAUACUCUAUGACUAUCUCAAUCUGAAUAAUCUGUAUUUCCGUAUUUCAGUGUUAAUAGUAGUGGUUGUGUGUGUGUGUGUGUGUGUGUGUGUGUGUGUGUGUGUGUG